AUACAAAAUUCUAAAUUAUUAUAGUAAUAAUUUUAUUUCAUUUAUUUUAGGACUUAUUAAUUAGAAGCAGAAAUAACGAUACACUGAAAUUCUUGCGGGAAAUGCCAAUACCCCACGGUGACGACUGGCAGGCUUCAUAUCGGCCUGAUCUGUGUUACCCCUGUCUAAGGCUCCUGAAGAUGUCCCAAAUUCCAUCAGACAGUCAGUAAGGUCAAAGUGAAUGGCGGGCGAGGGGAUGGUGGCGGUGGUGCGCGGGCUACGGGACGCCGGACUGGCCGUCACACUGCUCGACGGUAACCGUCAGUACACGCUACUGCCUAAUUCUAUAACGGCGCCAGCGUCUACGCAGCGCCACCCAACGAACGCCAAUGCGUCUACGCAGCCGAUCCCGCGUAUAAUGUCGGAAAGUAGUACUGAGUCGGCGGCGCUCCAUUGCGAUAGAGACGCCCAGGCUGUUGAUGGGAGAUAUACUUCUAUGUAUAAGACAAUGCAUUGCAACGUCCGUCCGACCUCACCUCCGGUUCAGUUAACUGAAUUCCCACCGCAGAGACCGGACCUCUGUCCAGGUCACGGUAACUUCCAAGUGGGUGGUAAUGGCAGUGGUGUGGUCAACCCUCAUGGGAAACCGACUUCAUCAUCCGCGAGCUUCAGAGGAGGACUAUCAUGGCCAGAUAGAGGGUCUGUCUGCUCUGCUCGACCGUCGAUGGAGGUGGAUGCCUUCGCCAACUCCUUGAGGAAGUACCCCUGCCUCUCACCAGAGAGGUCUUCGGAAGUCAUGGAGAGACUUAUCAAUUAUCAAGGAAAGGGCUACUCAAAAACAUCAACCCGAAACCAAGCCUCCCCUACCCGCAUAGACUCCUACCCAUGCUCCUACCAUACUCUAGAAUCUAAAGGCACAUACACAAAGAGCCCCCGUCUCUAUGACCAAGAGAUCACACCACGUAGGAGAAUGGAGGAGCCGACAAGAGAGAGAAAGAGAGAAGACUCUUACGAUAUGAGAAAUAUGAGGAAUUUUGAAGUGAGAUCUGUCAGAGAUAUGACGAGGAAGGGAAGGGAUAAUCCGUACUGCAAUCCCGCUUGCCCAACUAUCAAAGAAACCCAAGACUACCAGCCUAUCCCACAAGAAUAUCAAAAUAGUUCGAAUUCAGUGAAUAUGGAAAUUCAAGCUGCAGUUAAAAUGAUAUCCAAAGAAGUAGCCACCGUACAACGAGACAGACUCAUGAGAAAAACCGUAGCCGUCCCCGAGUCCCCUACCAUGUCAGCUACAGAAGACAACGUGGAAGGUGAAUGCUACCUCGUUCGAAAACUGGACACAAGCAUGUCUAUUAAAUCUAUUCAGACUAGUUUCUUCCCAUCCGACAGUACUCUUAAGCCUAGGAAAUCAGCCCAAACCAUAGCUAGCACUUUAGACUUUCAAUCCACUCGCCAUAAAACUGUAAUCAGUAGGAAAUCUAAAUCACAAGAACAAAUUAAAAUAACUAAAGAAGAACUAAAAAGGAGUCUCCUUGAACUCAUUGAGGAGGUCUCUAAAACUAGUAAAUGUAAAAAACUUAUUCGCGAUGAACUAAUAAAAAAACUAUUUGAAUCUAACGGCCAUCAGAAAUCCAGCAAAGAUGAUAGGCGUUACAAAAAACGUGAACAAUGUCACAAGUACGCGUCAACAUUCUGUCCAACCGCUUGCGACUAUGUAGGUGAUUACCAAGAAUUGCUAGGUCAACUUAAACAUUGCUAUGGUGACACGCAACAAGUUUUAAGAACAGAAGUCACGCCCUUCAGAAUAUCUGAGUACAAACAGCUCGACUUCGUACUUAAAGAUUGGAUACACAACCUAGACAUUAAAACCGUGGACCAAGAUUACACAGAUAGAAGAGAAUUACUUAAUUCUUUAGAAGAAAGAAUCAAAGUAAUCUUCAAAAAUAGGACUAAACAAGACUUCGAUUUAAAAUCGGCAAUAGUUAAUACUAUAGAAGAAGUACCCAUUGAAGUGAAUAGCAGUUAUAACAGAUCUGAUUAUUUACACAGGCUUGUUGAUGUGUUGAUGAAAAGGAUGAAAAAUGUAAUAAUGGGUCAACAACAUGGCAGGAGUCGGAAAAAACAGUGCAAUAAAUUCAAAAAAGUUCUAACUGAAGCAGAUUUUAGAGAAUUCAUUAGAGAGCACUUGUUUGAUUUUUUUAACGAGUACGGUUUAGGAACAUGCGACCAAAUGUUAGUCAAUUUAGAAAAUGAAUUACUCGAUGUAAUAAUCGAUACAAUUGAUUGCAUCCGAUGCGGCCACAUUGAGGACGCCAGGAUUGAGAUGAAUUUAAUAUUUCAAGAAUUGGCAAACUUAACAGAGAAACAAGCAAAAUACGCUGCAAGCAUGAUGCUCAGAGAUUUACAGGAGGUGCUGAAUCAUUGUAAUUUCAACCAUACUUACAUGGUUCUCAAUAUGAAUAACAACUCUGGUCCGUCCAAUAGAAGUAAUUAUAAUGAGAGUAUUGAACGUAUUACUAGUGAUGAUUUGCGUAUGAACUUAGACCGUUAUGCGAACCAACUGUGCCAGCAAAUCAACCAAUGGUUGGAUAACUUAGACAUACCACAAAUACAAGACUCAGGCAUCAGAGAAGUGAUGGUCAAUGACUUAGCAGGAGAUAUUAUAGACAGAUUGAAGUACGUAGAACUGAAUCACACGAUCAAAAACAAAGAUGAAGAUGAAUUAGAAGCUCUCAAAUAUCAAAUAUUUAAAUGGAUUAACAAGGCAGUUGGAGACGAUAAUCAAGAAACUAUUGGAAACGCCAGACAAUUAUUAGACAAAAUCCGGAGUCUGCCUGUUCCAAUACUAAUCCACCCAAAGACCCCUCGUUUUACAAUAAUAGAAUGCCCUAAUCCAGAAUGUUAUGGUGACCCUAUGAGGCCGUGUUUAGGAGAAACUGGAGCUGGCACUUGUAGUGAGAUAAAUAGAAUACUAAGACCUCCAAAACCAGAGGAGGUCCCUCGCACUGUUGGCCCGUGCUGUGACAGGGAAACUUGUCCUGAAGUAGUUAAAAGUAAAAAUCCAGCAACAGGUCAAAGCAAACCAUACUCCACCAACGAAGAUCAUUAUCGUCGAGGUCCACAAGCAGAAACACAAUUACCAUCUCAAGGACAACCACAAACAUAUGCUAACGCUUACCAAUCACCACGAACCCAAGGUAGUGACAGAGACAGAGACAGGUAUUCUAGUGGCCCAGACAGUCAACACAGUCAAGAUCAGAAUUUUGUCACAGGCCAAAACAAACCAUAUUCCACCAACGAAGAUUAUUAUCGUCGAAGUCCAGAACCAGAAACAUCAUUACCACCUCAACGGCAACCACAAACAUUUGAUAACGGUUAUCAAUCACCACAAAUACAAGGCAGUGACAGAGACAAGUAUUCUAUUGGCCCAGACAGUCAUCACAGUCAAGAUCGGAGUUUUGGCCUGGACCAUGAGCCACCACAAGCAUUUCCUGGUGCUUACCAAUCACCACAACGUCAGGCUGGUGAUAAUGGUAAGUGUUUCACUAUACCGGAUAGUGGAAAGGGAAAGCAGUUCCCUUACAAUCAAGAUCAGAGUUUUGGCGGUGGUCAGACAUCUGGAUCUUCUAAUAGAGAAUGGGCUUCAAAUAUUAAUGAUAAAUCUGAUGCGUAUGGUCCUAUGGGGUCAAAAAGUCCCUUUACGAAUGAGCGAAAACAGCAAUCAAUGCUUGAUGCCGGAGUAGGACCCAGUGGUGUAACGACUAGUCCUCAAGGUGCACAGACAUCAGUUCCAAUGGCACCGGGAUCAGCAAGGCCAACUCCACUACCAUCAAUCAAAAAAAUAUAUGCGGACUAUGACGCUUACCUUAAAGAUUGGGUACAAAGGGUACCUAUGCCAAUGAAUACACAAUCUGAAAAACAGGCAGCAGAUAAAGCUAGAAUGGAUCUUUACAAUGGGGUAUGGAAAACAAUCACUAAAAUGAAAUUAGAUCCAAAAAUCUUCGGCAACCCACUAUACUUCAAAGAAGUGUUUAAUGACGAAAUUGAAAAAUUGAUGAAAAAUCUUCCAAAGUCAAAGCAACUAGAAAUAGAAAAGCCUCCUCUCAAAGAGGAGCUUCUUAAAAAAACUUUAGAAAUGAACGAUCUGAUUAGAUCUCUUAAUGUAUCAGGCACGUACAAGCAACAAGUCAUUGACUGCAUAGAAAAUAAUUCACCGAGGAGACCACCUCUCGGCGACGAGACAGAUCAGCAAAAUGAAGAAAUAGAGAAACAUAAUGUAGCUGAAUACUACAUACUUCACAGGAGAUACAAAGAUGAUGAUAACGUUAAAGCCAACUUCCAUAAAAAGAAUUUUCUUAAAAGUCUAGAUGACUAUCUGGAGAACAUGAAGAAAAGACAUGGUUUGAUGGGCAUGAAAACGUAUGGAUAUGCCAAUGAAAUUAUAAACUGUUUGGACAAAAUUCCUAUUCCAAAUCUUCUUGCCUUAAGAGACGAGGCAGAUGAGAUAUUACUAGGAAUGGAGGUCGAAAAUUGGAUUGCAGAUCUUCCUCAAGACUCCGACUCUACAGGGCCGUUAGAUAAGAGAAGAAUGAGAGACGCCAUAGUAAAAAAAAUUGAAGAAGUAGAAACAUAUGUUAACUGUUAUGACAAUGCUUUCGGUGAUCAGUUAAAGGCAGACGUACCAAAAUAUAUUGAAAGGAUACCAAUAAAAAAGAAUACUAAUAUCAAUUUUGUAAUUGAUGAAUUAGUAAACAGAAUUCGGAACUUAGAAAAUAUGAAAUCUCUACGACCUAGAUCCGUGUCUUUCCAGGACCCACGAGAUUAUGAAGAUUUUACCAGGGAUGUGCCACGAGCAUCCAGUUUCCACGACACACCUGGGCAGGGCAAUUCUUAUUACGUUGGUGGGUACAAUGCAGAUGACCCACGAAGUUGGGCCAGUAAUGUACCUGCGGACGAUCAAUGGCAGUCUAUGCAAGCUACCAGAGUGCCCCCGGAUCUUCGUGACUGGUCUCAAACUGCUCCAUCAGAAUCAUACGCCUACUCUCGAAAUCUUCCAAGCCAAGUUGCUGCACAACCAGGUCAACCUCGUAGUGACUAUGGAUCUCCCCGUCUUUCACCUCCAGGUCAAUUUCCACCUGGCCAAGAAUAUUACAACCCUAGUGCCCAAAGUGUCAUACCGCCGUCACAUCCCCCUAUACAUCAAGAACAAUUUGAUCCAUAUAAUCCAAGUGACGUAUGUAUGGGUCCAUGCUGCCUAAACCCAGUUUGUGUUAGCAAACUUCAAGGUUACAUGAGACCAAUGCAGUAUUCACAACCAAGCGCUUCACCGUUUAUCUCACCAGGAGGGUAUGCACCCGGAAUGCCGGGGCAAACAGGAGGGCCUCCUCCAGAUGCUGCUGUACCCGGCCAGUUACCUCCGUCUUACGGUCACGCAAAUCUCAAUCCAUACAGCUGUGAGUCUAACCAACCGGUAAUUCGAUGCCGAGGGCCAAUAGCAAGAUAUCACCCAGAACAAUAUCAACAUCCAGUUACACCGUACUCUCGAGUGAUGCCACCAACACAUCCUCCUCUUUCUCGUCCGAGUGUUCCUCAGCAGCCACCACCACAAGUUCAAGCCCAAGGACCACAACAAUUACAAGAUAUUCCAGCUCCUCAGAAUAAAAGGUAUACUCUCGGAACAUCCGUAGCUCCCCAGGAGAGACGUCCCUCAGAGCCUCAUGUUUCAAAAGGUCCUGUUCAAUCAACAUCAAUGGAAAAAGAAUCUGUAAGACCACCAAUAAGCUCUCAGGGUCGCCACUCCUUAGGACACUACGUCCAAAGUAAUCCAAAUGAUCCUAAUAAUAUAAUACCCGAUACGAGAAGAACUCCCCAAGUAUCAGCUGUAAGUCCACAGGAAAGACGUUUUUCAGAGUUUCCUAAGCUAAGUGUACCAAACAGUCAGUAUACAUCAUCAGAAGUUAAAAUGUAUUCAAAAAAGCCAGUCGAUCUUCAGGACAAACGUUACACGGAGCCACAUAUCCAAAAUAUACCCGGUAAUUAUAUUGACACACAAACUGAACCGAGUCAAAAAAGUCAUGGAACAUCAGUCAGCCCUCAGGAAAGUCGAUAUUCGAAGCCACAGACUCAAAGUAUCCCAAAUACUGAUAGGCCAUCUGAAAUUAAAAAGAUAUCCCAAGCAACGUCGAUCAGCCCUCAGGAAAGUCAAUAUUCAGAACAACUAAGUCCGAGUAUUUCGAGUAAACAGCAAAGGCCUUUCUCUGAAACUCAAAGUCGAAGUGUCACUUCUAAUUAUAAUGACUUACCACCCGAAACAAAAAAAUAUACCCAACUACCAGCUGCCAGCACUCAGGAAACACAAUACCCUGAGCGUCAGAGCCAAGUUCCAAAUGCACAACCUGAAUUAAAAAGAACUUCACAUGAACGAGUUGUUCCUCGGGAAAGAGGAACGGCAGGGCCUAAUGAGCAAACGUAUGUAAAUGAUCAAGCGGUACCCCAUAUCAGGACCAAUCGAGAUGUAUCGACACAAAUCGGCUCAAGGGAUUCUAAAGUGUCAUCUCAAAUAGUUCCCCCUGAAGAAAAAGCUUCAAGUAUCCCUAGUGAAGGAAUACCUCAAAGUCCACUUAAUUUGCCUCCAACAGACCAAAGGUACUCUGAAGUACAGAAUGUAGUUCCUGAGGAGCAAGUCUCCCAACUUAACGAACAAAAGCCCCCAUCUUUGCUUAGUUCAGCACCAGUAAGUAGAAUGACUUCAUUGGAUCAAGGAUCCCAGCUACCAUAUAACCAAGGUGACUCAAUACGACUUCCUAGUUAUAAAACAGGAGGACAAGAUUUUCAGGCUGAAUCAAUUCCACCCAUUUAUGAAGAACCUAAAUCACACGAUCAAACUUUCCCAGGCGCUCCAAUGCAAGAUCCUUACAAUAAUUACCAAUAUGUUAGUUCUCAGGAACCUGAAGGUCAAUUGACGUAUCAAGAACCACGUGUAACAACAAUGGGAGAUACCGAAGUUUCUUACGAACAACCUAUUAUAAUUAUUCCAGGAAGUCCAACCCACAUUAUUCCAUAUGACCAAAUGCAACCAAAGGGCUAUUCAACUCCUAACAGUCACGUUGUCACUUAUGAACCUGCUUAUCAAAUGGACUCCGGUAGUCCACAUCACACUGGUGGGUUAAAUAACCCACCUCAAUCUAGCGAAAUUAUUCCUUACGUCCGAGUUAUUGAAAGUGAUCAAACUAGUCAACCAAUUCGGUAUGACCAAAUUUCGUUCAAUGAUAGAGUAAAGCCCCAAAGUGACUUUGUUCCGUAUAGCCAGGCUAUAGAAAUAGAAGCACGGAGUCCAAAUCAAGUAGAACAGUAUCCUCCCAAUAUGGCGUAUGAGUAUAUUCCUGAUUCAAUCUCAAUUGAGAAAACUCGUUUCAGUCCCGCGCCGGUAUCAGCCGCGAGUCAAGUGCCGGAGCAAAUUCUAGAAGUAUAUGCACCGGAAUUUGAUGCUGAGCCAGGCCCGAGUGCUACCGAGUCUGAGGAGCAGCCAAGUUUUCACAAGUCCACAGACAGUACAGGUAUACGGAAAACAAUAGAUUAUCGGAAGCCACCGGGAAUGAUUUGUGAUUGUGACAGUAGCCUUGUGCAACCUCAACAAUGUAUAUGCACAGAUAUGUCUCAGCAACAGCAGGAUGGCCCUUCGUUUUAUGUAUGUGCAAGUGGUCCUGAAGGUCAAAUGUGCUACGGGCCUGCAUGCGGUCCCGGUUGUCCUCAGCAGCCAUGCCCAAAUGCUUCACAGCAUCAGACAUGCCAAACUGGUGCUGCUUAUCAUAUCUGCACAGGUACUUCUAUAGAGCAAAUGUGUCGAAGUGGUGGUCUGCGCAGACUGCUCACACAACCUAAGAAGUCUCUUAAAAAAAUGCGUGGCACGCGACAUACUGUCGAUGCGGUGCCUUUCAACCGAGUGAUGGAUUUGGAUGAUACGGAUACAAGCAUGGAUAGGUGUAAGUGUAUUAAUCGGGGAAAAAAGUGCAGAGCGCGCAAGCAGAACCAGGAUCCCCAAGGCGGCUGUCGACCUUGUACACCGACGAUGCGGUAUCCACCGCGACGCAAUUGAUCCAUAUAUUAGUAAUUUCAUUCUUCAUUCCAUGUUUAGUAUACUUGUCAUUUUCAUUUAGACCUUAUUUUGAAGACUGACUUAGUUUAAAUUUCGUUUGUUAUUUCUAUAUUUAGCUAAUAAAAUAAACUCAUGGUUUUAUUAUCAACCAAUUGGGUACCUAAUAUUAUGGUGUAACUAGGUUUUAUACAAUUCUUUGGAUUUUAUUAAUGGAAAUAAAUAAAUUAUACAUCAGCCAAUAUUGUGAAUUGUUA